AUGGCGGCGGCGCCGGCGGCUGCUGGGUCUGGGGUCGGCCGAGGGCGACGGGCGGCGGCAACUGUGGCGGCUUGGGGCGGAUGGGGCGGCCGGCCGCGGCCUGGUAACAUUCUGCUGCAGCUGCGGCAGGGCCAGCUGACCGGCCAGGGCCUGGUCCGGGCCGUGCAGUUCACUGAAACUUUUUUGACGGAGAGGGACAAACAGUCCAAAUGGAGUGGAAUUCCUCAGCUGCUCCUUAAGCUGUAUGCAACCAGCCACCUCCACAGUGACUUCAUUGAGUGCCAGAACAUCCUCAAGGAAAUUUCUCCUCUUCUCUCCAUGGAGGCUAUGGCAUUUGUUACUGAAGAGAGGAAACUUACCCAAGAAACCACUUAUCCAAAUACUUACAUUUUUGAUUUGUUUGGAGGUGUUGAUCUCCUUGUAGAAAUUCUUAUGAGGCCUACAAUCUCUAUUCGGGGACAGAAACUGAAAAUAAGUGAUGAAAUGUCCAAGGACUGUUUGAGCAUCUUGUAUAAUACCUGUGUCUGUACGGAAGGGGUUACAAAGCGUUUGGCAGAAAAGAAUGACUUUGUGAUCUUCCUGUUUACACUGAUGACGAGUAAGAAGACAUUCUUACAGACAGCAACCCUCAUUGAAGAUAUUUUGGGUGUUAAAAAGGAAAUGAUCCGACUAGAUGAAGUCCCCAAUCUGAGUUCCUUAGUAUCCAAUUUCGAUCAGCAGCAGCUUGCUAAUUUCUGCCGGAUUCUGGCUGUCACCAUUUCAGAGAUGGAUACAGGGAAUGAUGACAAGCAUACGCUUCUGGCCAAAAAUGCUCAGCAGAAGAAGAGCUUGAGCUUGGGGCCUUCUGCAGCUGAAAUCAACCAAGCGGCCCUUCUCAGCAUCCCUGGCUUUGUCGAGCGGCUUUGCAAGCUGGCAACUCGAAAGGUGUCAGAGUCAACGGGCACAGCCAGCUUCCUUCAGGAGUUGGAGGAGUGGUACACCUGGCUAGACAGUGCUUUGGUGCUAGAUGCCCUGAUGCGAGUGGCUAAUGAGGAAUCUGAGCACAAUCAAGCCUCCAUUGUGCUCCCUCCUCCAGGGGCUUCGGAGGAAAAUGGCCUGCCUCACACUUCACCUAGGACCCAGCUGCCUCAGUCAAUGAAGAUCAUGCAUGAGAUCAUGUACAAACUGGAAGUGCUCUAUGUCCUCUGCGUGUUGCUGAUGGGGCGCCAGCGAAACCAGGUUCACAGAAUGAUUGCGGAGUUCAAGCUGAUCCCUGGGCUGAACAAUUUGUUUGACAAACUGAUUUGGAGGAAGCAUUCAGCAUCUGCCCUUGUCCUCCACGGUCACAACCAGAACUGUGACUGUAGCCCGGACAUCACCUUGAAGAUUCAGUUUUUGAGGCUCCUCCAGAGUUUCAGCGACCACCAUGAGAACAAGUAUCUACUGCUCAACAACCAAGAGCUGAAUGAACUCAGCGCCAUCUCUCUCAAGGCCAACAUCCCCGAGGUGGAAGCCGUCCUCAACACUGACAGGAGUUUGGUGUGUGAUGGGAAGAGGGGCUUAUUAACUCGUCUGCUGCAGGUCAUGAAGAAGGAGCCAGCUGAGUCAUCUUUCAGGUUUUGGCAAGCCCGGGCUGUGGAGAGUUUCCUCCGAGGGACCACCUCCUAUGCAGACCAGAUGUUCCUGCUGAAGCGAGGCCUUCUGGAGCACAUCCUCUACUGCAUUGUGGACAGUGAGUGCAAGUCGCGGGAUGUGCUCCAGAGUUACUUUGACCUCCUGGGGGAGCUGAUGAAGUUUAAUGUUGAUGCAUUCAAGAGAUUUAAUAAAUACAUCAACACGGAUGCAAAGUUCCAGGUGUUCCUGAAGCAGAUCAACAGCUCGCUGGUGGACUCCAACAUGCUGGUGCGCUGCGUCACUCUGUCACUGGACCGAUUCGAAAACCAGGUGGACAUGAAAGUCGCAGAGGUCCUGUCCGAGUGCCGCCUGCUUGCCUACAUAUCCCAGGUGCCCACACAGAUGUCCUUCCUCUUCCGCCUCAUCAAUAUCAUCCACGUGCAGACGCUGACCCAGGAGAAUGUCAGCUGCCUGAACACCAGCCUGGUGAUCCUGAUGCUGGCCCGACGGAAAGAGCGGCUGCCCCUGUACCUGCGGCUGCUGCAGCGGAUGGAGCACAGCAAGAAGUACCCUGGCUUCCUGCUCAAUAACUUCCACAACCUGCUGCGCUUCUGGCAGCAGCAUUACCUACACAAGGACAAGGACAGCACCUGCCUGGAGAACAGCUCCUGCAUCAGCUUCUCAUACUGGAAAGAGACCGUGUCCAUCCUGUUGAACCCGGACCGCCAGUCACCCUCUGCCCUUGUCAGCUACAUCGAGGAGCCCUACAUGGACAUAGACAGGGACUUCACCGAGGAGUGA